CAGUAGUGGGACGUGCUUAGAAAGGGUGCGGGUUUGGUGCAGUGGAAAUUAUAGGCGACUGCUAUCACCAAGUCGGCCAUCUGUGCACUGGGCUUUUAUCUUCGUGUUUCGAAUUUCAAAAACACAGUCGACAAUAGGGAUUUUUAUCGAAUUGUAUCGAUAUUUAUUUAAUAAUUUAAUAUAUAGCACAAUGAGCUCUAUCAACGUGAAUAAGUUAAAGGUAAACGAGUUGAAGGACGAGUUGAAGAAGAGGCAGCUGUCGGACAAGGGGCUGAAGGCGGAUCUUAUGGACCGGCUGCAGGCCGCGCUGAAUGAAGAGGAUCUAGCCGGAGGAGCUGAGACCGGGGAGAACGGCGGCCAAGGCGAAGGGGCUGUCGGCCUGAAUGACAUGGGCGAGGAGGACUUGGAUGAAGACCUAGUUGAGGAGAGGAUGGAGGCGGGCGAAGUAGAGGAUGAAGAUAGGUGCGAAGGGAAAGCAGAGAAAGAAUGCGCCAAUAUCGACGAUAAUAUGGGGGAAGAGGAGGAUGCGGGAGUAGAUAUGGAUAAAUCCGACGAGGAUGAAGAUGCUCUACUGAAAGAAGAAGAGGAUGAUGAUGAGGAGGAGAUGGAUAAAUUCGAUGAUGAUGAUGCUGCACUGGGGACUCUCGAGAGAGAGGGGGAUGCGGACAAAGACACGAGCGCUGAGCAGAAGAAUAAGAAGGGUGUUAAGAGACGCCGGGAGGAGCAUGGAAGGGGCUACUUUGAGUUUAUUGAAGAAAGCAAGUACAGCCGGGCCAAGUCCCCCCAGCCCCCGCUGGAGGAAGAGGACGAGGAGUUUGACGACAGCACUGUCUGCCUGGACACCUAUAACAGUGACCUGCACUUCAAGGUGUCCCGGGACCGUUACAGCGCGUCAUCCCUUACCAUGGAGAGCUUUGCCUACCUGUGGGCUGGAGGCAGGGCUUCCUACGGAGUAGCUCAGGGCAAGGCCUGCUUUGAGAUGAAGAUCAUUGAGAAGAUCCCAGUGAAACAUAUCUCCAGUAAAGGCAUGGAUAUCCAUGAGGUUCUGGUGGGCUGGUCACUAGCCAAUGGAACACUGUUACUGGGAGAAGAGGAACACUCGUAUGCCUUCUCUGCCAAAGGGAAGAAAACCACCAACUGUGUCACAGAAGACUUUGGAGAGUGCUUCGACGAAAACGAUGUCGUCGGAUGCCUAAUCAACUUUGAAGGCUCGGGGGUGGAGCUAUCGUUCAGUAAGAACGGUCAGGACCUAGGCGUGGCCUUCAAAGUUGACAAGGCAUCUUUGGAUGGACGGCCCCUCUUCCCUCACGUCCUCUGUCACAACUGUGCUGUAGAGUUCAACUUCGGCCAGAGGGAGGCACCACUGUUCGUCCCCCCGGCCGACUACAGCUUCCUACAGCAGGUCCCUGUGAGCAAGAGGGCCCGAGGCCCCAAAGGGCCCGACACCAAGGAUGACUGUGAGGUGAUCGUGAUGGUAGGCCUGCCUGGCGCUGGGAAGACGGCGUGGGUAACCAAGCACACUCAGGAGCACCCUGGGAAAUAUAACAUCUUGGGAACCAACACCAUCCUGGAGAAGAUGAUGAUCGCCAGUCUGAAACGCCAAAUGAAGGAUGUCACCAAACUCACCGCCAUCUCCCAGCGUGCACCUCUUUUCCUGGGAAAAUUCAUUGAGAUCGCUGCACGCAAAAAACGCAACUACAUCCUUGACCAGACCAAUGUGUCGGCCCCGGCCCAGAGGAGGAAGAUGUGUCUGUUUGCAGGCUUCCAGAGGAAGGCCGUGGUGGUGUGUCCUACUGACGACGACUACAAGCAGAGGACACAGAAGAAAGCCGAGACGGAUGGUAAAGACGUCCCCGAGCACGCCGUACUCAAGAUGAAAGGUAUCUACACCCUGCCGGAGCCAGGGGAUUGCUUCAGUGAGGUGAGCUUUGUGGAGCUGCAGAAGGACGAGGCCUCCAAGCUGCUGGACUUGUACAAGGAGGAGAGUCGCUCCGCCCUGCCCCCAGAGAAGAAGGCCAACCAGGGGGGCACGCCACCCAAGAGAGGGGGCAACCACCGCGGCCGCGGGGGCAGAGGGCAGGGGCAGUGGGGAGGUGGUCAGGCAGAGGGGGGCAGAGGAGGCUUCCAGAUCAGAGGCAACUUCAGGGGAGGCCCAGGACCUCGUGGUGGAUUCAGUCGUCCCCCCAGAGGUUUCCUCCCUCCUCCGGCCUUCCGAGGGGGCUUCUCCAACCGGGGCAACUUCAACAGGGGGAGCGGGGGCAUGCCCAGCAGAGGGGGUGCACCAAGGGGGGGUCCUGGAAGGGGCAACAUGAGGAACAUGGGGGGUAAUAGGGGAGGCAAUAUGCACCGAGGCAGCAUGACCCGCGGAGGAGGUGGAGGUGGAAGAGGACGUGGGGACAACAGAGGCAACUUCACACAGAAGUUCAGAGGCAGAGGAGGCAACAAUCACAGCUUCAACAAGAACAGCAACUUUGGCAUGAACAAGGCCCAGGCCUUCAACCAGAGCUGGCAGCAGGGGUUCUGGAACCAGAAGCCAUGGAGCCAACAGUACCACCCAGGAUACUACUGAGCAUGUGCGGUAGAGAGACUGACUGACAGCACACAGACACACCCCCUCACUACAAACCCCGUCCACCCCGGCGCAUACGCGCCAACUCCCGCUGCGCUCCAUUUUACCUUCUCCCCUCCUCCUUUUUCCUCUCCUCUUCCUUCGUUUUAGGAAGAAAGAGCAUUCCACUGCUGAGAUGAACUGCCGGUUCUGAGACAAAGACAACAAACGCUUUCUGGGCUCCUUUACUUUCUGCGUUUUGAUUUUGUAUAUUUGUAUUUCUUUUACGUUUCAGAGCCGGAGCUCUCAAGCGUUCGCCUUCAGAAACCUUGGCUUUCAUCCAGCAUGUGAUGUCUCUUAAAAAACUUUUCAGGGUUCUGUGUUUUUAUCUGUAAAGAUGUACUUUUUACUACAACGAUCAUGAUGAUGAUGAUAGAUAUUUCUUUCCGAUUUUUUGCUUUACAUGAUGUUGUUUUAUGUUUUUAAGAAUCAGGAGAGGCUAGCACUCACUUUAGACACAUAGCAUUUGUGAGGUGUCGUAAUUCUAGUCCUGCUGCAAAUACGUUUGUUUCUAGUAAGUAAAGUGAAGUUUAAGCUGUAAUAAAAAAUGAUAUGCUUAAAAAUAUAUAUAUCAGUGUAAUUUAACUAACAGACAGCCCACAUAAACACAGGAAUUUCUCUCGAUGGUGCAUCUUACUUGGUAUGCGAAUCCAUAUUUUUCAAUGUCAAAGGUGUUAGAAAAGCCUUUGAUAGGUGGAGCACCGUCGCAGAUAGAGUAGCUGUCUUGUUAAAAUGAAUAAAAUGUCUUGCUAUAUCCUGCAUCAGUGGCUCAUACAUCCAAUCUAAAGACCAAGGCCGUCCUUCAGUAAGGCCUCCUUUAUCUAUCUUGAGUGGUCACUUACUCAGUACUCCGUACCAGAGCAGAUGGGCCAUUCCAUGAGGCCUGGGGCGCGUUCAGUAGAGCACAACGUUAUCUAACAUUCAGAUCAGGGAUGGGCAACUGAAGGCCCUCGGACCAAUUUCAAAAUGUGGUUGUUUAUUGUUUGUAAUGUCAGUCACUGAUAGUCACUCAAUUAGCCCAUGUCAGCUAAAAUGUUUUAGAUUGGUAAAUUAGUCUAGCGGCCAGCUAUCUAAAAUGUAAUCAUGGUUGAAUUACCUACCGGAGGGCCCCCAUGGAUUUUGUUAGUCUCACUCAGAUAUCAAAAUUAAAAACAGCUAAUUUUCCUCUCCGCCCCAUGGCAAAAUGAAUAGAAUGGCAGGAAAUCAGUUAUAAAAUUGCAAAAUGUUCUCUACACCCCAUGGCUAAAUGUGAAGAAUGGCAGGGAAUUAGGAUCACUCUGGGAUAGAACUGUCCUGAAUAGAGCUGACAUGAAUCCUUACACUACGUGUCCGAGAGGCAGGUUCGUUCUACUCUGUAUUUUUUUUAUAUCCGAUGGGGGUGGGGGUCACAAAAAAGCUGAACUCAGCAUGAGGGGCCACAGUUGCGCCACAGUUCCAUUCAAGAAGUACAACAAAAAACACAGUUUUACAUCAAUGUAGUUCUCUCCAAUAAACAAUUAUUUUAAAAAUGGGUUUUAAGUGCCAACCUUAAUUAAACAUUUCACUUUUGGACUUACAUGAUCAACCUGGUCCUUAGCAGGUUUGUCGGAAUGAACCCAGCUUAAUGCGCUUAAAGAUACUACACAGCAAUGUAAAAACAUUACUGUGUAGAACAAGCCUACAUUUCAGACACUUAGUGUAUAAGGAAUAAUGUCCGCUCCAUUCAUGAGUUCUAUCUGCAACGUUCAGUAUAUUGCAUCCUACUGAACAUGACCCUGUUUUCAACACCUUUGAUAAUCUACUGGUAGCAAUAGAACUAGGAGUUCUCCUCAACAACUCUGACAGCCUACUGUUAGCAGUAGAGCUAGGAGUUCUCCUCAACAUCUCUGAUAGCCUACUGUUUGCAGUAGAACUAGGAGUUCUCCUCAACACCUCUGAUAGCCUACUGUUAGCAGUAGAACUAGGAGUUCUCCUCAACACCUCUGAUAGCCUACUGUUAGCAGUAGAACUAGAAGUUCUCCUCACCACCUCUGAUAGCCUACUGUUAGCAGUAGAACUAGGAGUUCUCCUCACCACCUCUGAUAGCCUACUGUUAGCAGUAGAACUAGGAGUUCUCCUCACCACCACUAAUAAUCUACUGUUAGCAGUAGAACUAGGAGUUCUCCUCACCACCACUAAUAAUCUACAGUUAGCAGUAGAACUAGGAGUUCUCCUCACCACCACUAAUAAUCUACUGUUAGCAGUAGAACUAGGAGUUCUCCUCACCACCACUAAUAAUCUACUGUUAGCAGUAGAACUAGGAGUUCUCCUCACCACCUCUGAUAGCCUACUGUUAGCAGUAGAACUAGGAGUUCUCCUCACCACCACUAAUAAUCUACUGUUAGCAGUAGAACUAGGAGUUCUCCUCACCACCUCUGAUAGCCUACUGUUAGCAGUAGAACUAGGAGUUCUCCUCACCACCACUAAUAAUCUACUGUUAGCAAUAGAACUAGGAAUUUGGUGCUAAAGGCUCAAAUUCCUUAGGUAAGGCCUAGAAGGCCCCAUAUUAACAGUGACACAGUCGAACAAAUAGACAUGCUUUUAUCCUACAGUACGAUGCUUUAAAGUGCUUAAGAUUUAAUAGUAAUGUAAUUUAAGUAACGAUUUCAGGCCUUUAGUUGUUUAUUGUAAAUACUUUUAAAAUUAAUUUGAUUGUAGAACUUUUAUAAAAGGUAGUCCUUUUUUUGUGGAUGGAGUCAUUUUUGUUGGUUUUAUUUUUGGAACUGUCAAGGUGCAUAUACUUUUCAUUGACAUUUGGAAAUCACAUUGUCUUGAAUCAGUGCUUUGUGUGAGGCUUUGUGCGAGUUCCACUGGAAUAUUUAAGCUGGACUCAUUCAGACAAAGCUGCUAAGGACCAGAUUGAUCAUGUAAAUCCAAGAGUGAAAUGUUUCAAUAUGGGAGCACCCUGUGUAUGUUGUGUGUGUGUUGACUGUUUGUCUAAUAAUUGCAUAUUGGAAGAACCACAAUGGUAUAUAACUGUUGUUUUUAUUGUAUUUAUUGAAUUGAACUGUAGAUUAGGCCUAAAUGUAUUUUGGGGCCAACACAGUGGAAUAACCCUGACUUCUCAGAGAAGCAUUUAAAUCAGGCUGAAGUAAAUGUUACUACUGUCUACUGUUUCAGAAGUUGUGUGAUACAUAGCCUAGAGUGGGUUUGUGUGUUGAAAGAGUUAUUAUUGUCAACUCUCAUCUUUUUACUCGGUGUAUAAGCAGUGUAAACUGACUGACAAAGGCUCAUUAUUGAAGGUGCCUUCAAAAGAAAUUGUUACCCCUGGACUUAUUCCACAUUUUGUUGUGUUACCGCCUGAAUUCAAAAUGGAUUCAAUCAUUUUUUUAAGCUCACCAAUCUACACACAAUACCCCAUAAUGACAAAGGGAAAACAGGUUUUUAUAAAUGUUUGCAAAUGUAUUGAAAAUUAAAUACAGAAAGAUCGCAUUUAGAUACAGUGGGGGAAAAAAGUAUUUAGUCA